AUGGAUGGCCAUGCCAUUCGAUGGCCAACAACGGCUAUCAGUCCGCCUCCCUCCGACGCUCCUCGCCGACGUCCACCUCUGAAUCGCUCCAUUCCACCGAUUCCCGAGUCGAAAUCCAACGAGAGCAUUAUGAGCCACGCCUCACGGCGAUCUAGCGAUAAGGGAGAGAAUUCGCAGCCAUCGGACUGUGUGGUGAUCGAGAACCGUAAUGUGGUGGAGCCGUUGCAGCGUGUGCAGAAGUCGACCACCACUUCGAUACCUCGGCCAACAUUGCCAAAGAGAUCAAGUAAUCAAAAGAAGGACCAAAAAAUUGGACGGAGUGCCGAAUCAACCCCGCGCAGUCCACUAAUGACGGUGGCACGGACUGUGAAGAGCAAGUUCUCAAAGCUGACCCGAAUGGGACGACACGAGCAGGACGUUUCCAUGAAGGGCAGUCAGAGCUUCUCAGGUAUCCGGCAACCUAAAACGACCGUUCCAAAGCGAAUAGACCAGAAUGCAAAUCGAGUCAUCAAAUCGUCCUCAAUGGAAGUACCGUCGACCAGUCAAGAGGCAUCUACUUCAAGACAUAUGGUGGUCAUCCCGCAAAAUCCCAAGCGACUAGAGGAUUUCUCGGAAGAGGCUUCGAUAGCUGAACAAGGAAAAGUGGACAACGACGUUGUCAUGGAAGACGCUCCAGAUGCAGCGGAACCACAUGUUGACAAUGGUUUGCUCGAGGCUCACCAAGCACUCUCU